AUGGCAGAAAGCGGAAUUGUCUCAAACACCACCACACAUCUAAUUCCCGAUAAAGGUCAGCCACAUAGCAACAACGACGAUUUGAUGCUUUUGGUGCGGUAUUUACACGGCGCAACCCUGGAUUGUUCAGUAAUCUCAACCCAAAACAACUCCUUCAAAGUGCUUGAUGAUGGUAAUCUUUCAAGCUUUUCAAAUAUUCCUGAUAUUCCAUUUGACUCUCUGUGGAACCCCACAACCGACGAGGAUGCAUCUCUUCCCUUUUUUGCUUUUGGUUCCGAACGUUUGUCGGGGCCUUGGGCUUAUGGGCUCGGGUACGAUCCUGCAGGGGACACCUAUAAGGUGUUGAGAUGUCGUGUGAUGGAUAAUUUAAGAAGUGACAAUGAGAUUGGGAAGCUCUACGUUGAGCUGUUGUCGUUGUCCGCCGCAAGUGAUUCGUGGAAGGAAAUUGAAUGUCGUCACGACCCCUUUGAAAUUCAACCCUGUGUACAACCUUCUCUUUACAUCAAUGGCUUUUAUUAUUGGGCAACUGAUGUGGGUUUUGUUUCGUUCGACUUUGCUGAGGAGAAGUUUGGGCCUCUGAUACCCAAGCCCAAGAGCGAUAAGCUCCAGCUCCGAUACGGCACUGUUUAUCCUGUUGAGUAUGAGGCGUCGCUUGCUGCUGUUGUUUUCGAGGAAGGUGCAUGGCUGAGGAACAACAUUGAUCCUGCUGCUGCUGGUGAAAUGGAGACUUUUGGUUUUGAGAUUUGGGUGUGGGAAGAAGCAGCCGCCACGUGGUCUCUGGUGUUCAGACGGAAUAUCCGGGCUUAUGUUGAUAGAGUUUUGGGCCUCUACAAGAAGAACCUCUUACUCUCUGGCUCCUAUGGUGACCUACUGGCUUACGACUUGGAAUUGAAGAAAUUGGUGCCUCUCGGUAUCCGUGACGAGUCUCCGGGUAUGAUGGAGGUCUUCCCUUAUGUUGCCAACGCCGAAUCCAGCUUCAAAUCCUCCUCAAGAAUUCUCUGGUGUGGCGACACAACCACUAGUGUCGUCGAUGGUGUUCCUGCUACUAUUCCGGCACUUACUCGCAGUUUGAAACCUAACGACAGUCUGAUGCUUAUGGUGCAGUGUGUAGUCGACUGGACCCGCAUUUUCUUUGUGAUCUCAAUGGAAAACAACUCGUUCAAAGUGCUGCUACAAGGUGAUGAUGAUAAUGGUCUUCUUCCAGAUUUGUCUCGACUCAAAGCUGAAAACUACGAUCUCAAUUGUAAGAAUGCCAAAUAUCACGUCGAAGCGAGUUGCAACACAUGGAUGCUGUGGGCACGUACCGUAAAUCCCGUAAGUUUGGAUAUUCUGCUUCUGUGGGACCCUAGGACAGACGUGUUUAUAACCCUUCCUUCUUUUGAGCCGGAGCCACGCGUGCCUUGCCCAACCUCCACUACCUUGUGGGGUUUUGGUAUCGGGUUUGACCCUUCUGCCCCUGGGGACUAUAAGGUGGUGAGAUGUCGCAUUUUGGAGUAUUUUCUUUCCGAUAGCGAAGCUUCUGCAGAGGUGUUUUCGCUUGAAACUUGGAAGCAAAUCCCUUAUCCCCAUGAUCUUGUGUGGGUAGUCUAUCAGUACCCGUCGCUUUUCAUCAAUGGCUUUUAUUAUUGGAUGGCAAAGCAUUCCACCACAAAUGAUGUUGCUAUUAUUUCGUUCAACUUUGCUAAGGAGGAGUUUCCCCCUGCUCUCAUCCCUAUGCCCGGUAGCGAAAUUCCGAUCACGAUUCACUGUGUUUCUCUUGCUGAGGUUGAUGGGAAUCUUGCUGCUAUUGUUUAUGAUUAUCACGGACAGGAGAAGAAAAUUAUGAGUGUUUGUUAUCCAAGACGACAGCAGAGGAAGAGGAAGACCAGUGCCCUUUUUUUUACUUUUGAGAUUUGGGUAUGGAAGCACCGCUGCUGGUCCCUUUUAUCCACUUACGACGUCCCUCCUACUCCUACUCCUACUCCUACACCUACUCCUACUCCUGUUGUUUUUAUGAGGGUCAUUGGCCUCUACAAGAAUGAUAAAGUGUUUCUUCAGGACUCGCAGGGUUACCUAUGGCUUUACGAUCUUAAGACGCACAAGCUGGAGAACCUCGACAUCCGUGACGAUAGUUUCACUCUGACGGUCUUCCCUUAUGUUUGA